GCUGUGAGUGGGAGGCUCAACACAUUUCGCACCGACAGAGACGCACAGGUUUAUAACAGUCAGGUCAAUGAUGAUGCUGAUAAUGAUGAUAAUCGUUUAUAUUUCCGCUGGUUUAGGAGUAUUUGCGCUGAUAUUGCGGUUGCUGUCUUCACGUAUCAGGAAAUAUGCAGUGGGAGGAACAUGUCGAUCCACAGUACGGUUAGAUGGAAAGGUUGCCCUGAUCACAGGUGCAAACACGGGAAUCGGGAAGGAAACUGCUGUUGAUUUGGCUUCUCGUGGUGCACGUGUGAUCUUGGCGUGCCGUGAUGUGCAGAAAGGAGAAGAGGCGGCGAUAGAGAUCCGUACACGAGUGGGUGGGGCUCAGGUGGAGGUGAGAGAGCUGGACUUGGCUGACACCUGCUCCAUCCGAGCCUUCGCACAGAGAUUUCUACGAGAGGUUGAUCACCUGCAUAUCCUCAUCAAUAAUGCCGGUGUCAUGAUGUGUCCUUAUAUGAAAACUGCUGAUGGCUUUGAGAUGCACAUUGGGGUCAAUCAUCUGGGUCACUUCUUGUUGACAUACCUUCUCAUUGGUCUAUUAAAGCGCAGCGCGCCAGCACGAAUUGUGGUUGUUUCCUCAUUCGGUCAUAAUUUUGGCUGGAUUCGAUUUCAUGACCUGCACAGUCAGGGCAGCUACAACAGCGGCCUUGCCUACUGCCAGAGCAAGUUGGCUAAUGUGCUUUUCGUACGUGAACUUGCACGCAGGCUCCAUGGGUCAAACGUGACUGUGAAUUCUGUGCAUCCGGGCACAGUGAGGUCAGAACUGGUGCGACAUUCUACCAUGAUGUCGCUGCUGUUUGCUCUAUUCUCCAUGUUUUUAAAGACACCAAAGGAAGGAGCUCAGACAUCCAUCUAUUGCUCUGUUGCAGAGGAGCUUCAGUCCAUCUCAGGCAAACAUUUCAGUGACUGUGCUCCUGCUUUUGUGGCUCCUCAGGGAAGGAGCGAAGAGACAGCACGUAAACUAUGGGAUGCAAGCUGUGAAUUAUUAGGUGUUGAGUGGGACUGAGUCUUUCUUUUGACUUGUUCAAGUCAGUCCAUACCUUUUUAUUGAUAUUUUUAGUGAUCAGAUUGUCAUCUUUUUGGUUUUGUUCAGUUUCUGUUUAGUUUGAGUUUUAACAGUACAACCUUCUUUUCUGCCUUUAAAUAUUUUUUUUCAAUUAUGCCAUUGUGACAAGUAUGAAUUGUUUUUAUUAUACCACAGGGCUGUUGAAUGCUUUAUUCUGAUAGGUUGAGAAAUGUUUCACGGGUAUGCAUUAUUUUUUGAUAAACGUACACCUGACCUGUCAAAUGUAUUGAAAUAAUAACCAGAGCAAUGUGUUAGCAAUGUCUGUCGUAAGCGUGGUAUAAGCAGAAUAAUUGACUCCGGUCCUUUGAAUUAUUUGAAAAUAAUGCACAUCCGCGGUGUACGGCAUUACCACCUUGGGGGUGCAUUAUAUUUUAAUAAUUCAAAGGCCCGUCGACAGUUAUUCCUUUUGUAUUUGAUUCUAGUAUUUUGAUUGUUUUUAGUAUUUGAUUCUGAACUCCAUUCUAGUAUUUUUGCUUGUAUUUUAAACACUGCUUUAAUUCUGCGUUCUUACACAAAACUGCACAUAAAUAUUUUAUACAGAGAACAUUUUAAAUACUGUGAUACAUUCAUGCUCAGAAAAAUGUUUAAAUAUAUACACUAGAAAAAAAUUAUAAUUUUAGUUUUCUUCUUUAUUUGUGUAAACGUACAAAUAUAAAUCUAAGAAUUUGUUUGUGCAUAAUAACAGUUUAUUGGUAGUCGAAUUACGAGAUUCAUUUUCAACAGUUAUUUAAAGGAACAGUAUGUAAGAAAUUUAUAUCAAUUAAUCAUUAAAUGGCCCUGAAAUGUCACUAGACAUUAAGAAAUCCUUUUCAUUUCAAAUACUUAUAUCACUGACAACAGCAGUCCGGCCAGGAUAUUGUCAUUUAAAAAGUGGAGUUGCAGCCCUCAACUGAUGUUUAUGUUGUCGUUUGGUAUAUUGGCCACCAGCUGUGUGAUUGCAGCACCAGUUUCAGCCACACGUUUUGUGAUUGCAAUACCAGUUUUGGCCACAAUCCUACAUAC